AUGGCGUCUCUUCUUGUUCAACACUCCGCCGUCGCAGCCUCCGCGACUCUCGCUUCCGCAUCUCGGAGAGCAGAUGGCGCCUCGUCAGCGCCUUUCGCGCCGCUCCCUGGUCGCAAGUCGGUGACGUCAGCCACAUUCACGGGGGGAAGGUCACAGCUCUCUUCGUCUGCUCUUCGACUAGAAUCUUCCACGUCAGCAGCAGCUGCUUCCACGCGGAAUAUCUCUGUGGCCGCGUCAUCUUCAUCGUCUUCCAGCUCAGAGGAGGUGUUUUUCGACAGUGGUCCGCAUGCAGGCGACCUGGCCCUGAACCUAGUGCUGGGGCUCACGGGCGUGUGGCUGCCGCUCACCCUCGCGUCCGCCUUCCGCGUCCUCACGCUGCGCUACCGCUUCACCAACCGCCGCUUCACUGUGCUCUCCGAGCUCGAUGAGAAGGAGAGGCUUGAGUACCCAUACUCGUUGGUGUCAGAGGUGCGGUCAGCGCCGCGCUUCAUAGGCGAGUGGGGGGAUGUGUCAAUCAUUCUCAAGGACAAGACAGUCAUUGACCUCAAGAGUGUGCCCAAGUUCAGAGAAGUGGCCAAGUACUGUGAGGAGCAGGCCAAGGCUGCUGCUGCCCGCGAACCCAAGAGUGCGGCAAGGAGCGGCAGCAAGGGGUUCGACACCUCUGCCUAG